AUGAAUCUAUCAAACUUGAGUGGGUUACAGUAUCUUGAUUUGUCGACAAACAAUUUAGCAGGUAAGAUACCAUAUUGGCUUGGUAACUUUGAAAGUUUACGUAGCUUAAACCUCAGUCACAAUAUUCUAUCAAGUGAAAUACCAUCAGAGCUUGGUAAUUUGGCCUCAUUGCAUGAAGUAUUGGAUCUUAGUAGCAAUUUACUUGUUGGAGUGAUACCCUCGAGCCUAUCCAAGCUUACAAUGCUAGAAAUUUUCAACAUCUCCCAUAACCACCUCUCAGGUAUUAUUCCACAAUCAUUUUCCAACCUAAUAAGCAUAAGUUACAUCGAUUUUUCUUACAACAACUUGACGGGUGAGAUCCCCAUUUUCCAAAAUGCUUCAAAAAGUAUUUAUGAUGGAAAUCUUGGAUUGUGUGGAAAAGCUUCAGGACUUAAACCCUGCAAAAUGAAAAGAAAUAAAACUAGGACUAAUCUUAUUUUAGUCAUUUGUCUUGUUUGUGCUGGUAUAAUAGUGUUUGUUACUGCCAUUGUAAUCACUCUCAUAUUGUGUUACAAAUUCAAAGUUUUGGAUAAGAAAAGGAAAAGUUCUAACCUAAAUGACACUCGUCAAUCAUUGAUAUGGGAGAAAGAAGCAAAAUUCACAUUUGGAGAAAUUGUAGAUGCCACUGAAAACUUUGAUGACAAGUAUUGCAUUGGGAAUGGAGGUUUUGGUACUGUUUACAAAGCCAUAUUGAGAUCACAUGAGUUAGUUGUUGCGGUUAAGCGGUUGCACUUGUCAGAUUCAAGUGAGAUUUUAGAAGCUAGUCGUAUUAGUUUCGAGAAUGAGAUUCGAACUCUGACAGAAGUUCGACAUCGAAACAUGGUAAAGCUUUAUGGAUUUUGUUUAAGAAAGGGUGAAAUGUACUUGGUGUAUCAGUAUGCAAACAGAGGCAGUCUAGGAUUCGCGAGCCUUGGACCUAAGACCAAGAACUUUGUAGUUGCCGGUGGAUUGACAUCAUUCGUCUUUGGGGUAUAUUUCUACACAAUGAGGGCUGUGGGAGGUACAGAUGAGCUGCAAGUGGCCAUAGAUAAGUUUGAGGAUCAGAAGAACAAGAAAGAGGCUGAACCAAAUUUGCCAUCAAAAGCUUAA